GUCAGCUGCGGGGCGCGCACACUUUCACCGCCCACUUCACUCUCACGCCUCCGCGCCUCAGGGCGCAGGUCUUCGUUCCUCCUCCGAGCUUUCCCUGGCCCCGGCCUCCAUCAGGGAGCUGAAGGCGGAGACGGAGAUACUGGCCAGAGGGAAGGAAGGCGAGCGCGCGUGGGCGCGGGGGAAGACGCUAUGUCCACAGGCUCGGUGAGUGACCCCGAAGAGAUGGAGCUGCGGGGGCUGCAGCGGGGUUACCCGGUCCCCGCCUCCAAAAGGCUGCCUCUCCGUGGCGCCGAGCGCAGUUACGCCUCUCCCAGUGACAACUCGUCUGCCGAGGAGGAGGACCCCGACGGCGAGGAGGAGCAGUGCUCUCUGAGCUCAGCGAGCGACUCCGGAGGCUGCAAGAGGAAGAGGCCCCGUGUGACUGGGAGUGGCGGCACAGGUGGCGGUGCAGGAGGCUGUGGCAAAAAGUCACUACCAGCCAAGGGCUCGGCCGCGGAGUGCAAGCAGUCGCAGCGGAACGCAGCCAACGCCCGAGAACGCGCUCGAAUGCGUGUGCUGAGCAAAGCCUUCUCCAGGCUGAAGACUAGCCUGCCCUGGGUACCCCCCGACACCAAGCUCUCCAAACUGGACACGCUGCGACUCGCUUCCAGUUACAUCGCGCACCUGCGGCAGUUGCUGCAGGAGGAUCGUUAUGAAAACGGCUAUGUGCACCCGGUGAACCUGACGUGGCCAUUCGUGGUCUCGGGACGACCCGAUUCUGACACCAAAGAAGUUUCCGCAGCUAGCAGAUUAUGUGGAACCACUGCUUAGAUAGGACUGGAACUCACUUGAUGGGAUUGUUAACCGCGUGUGUUUGGGAGCCGCAGAAAGAAGGAAGAGUGCGAGAACACCAGAGAAUGGGCAGAAGGUUCCGUAGGAUUCUCCCGGACCCUUCCACUUGCCUGGAACUGUAAACAGGGCAGGUGUCCGGCGACCACGCUUUGUAAUCAGAAGGACCCUCCCUUCUUGGGGCGAGCACGGACCUAGAUCCAAUCUGGGGCCUUAGUCCUGUGGACUCAUUCACCGCUGAGCCCAGCACCCAACCGCUUAGGGGCUAGUAUCUGCGCUGAGCCGGACUUGUCAUGUAUGUGGUGGCAGAAUUCUGCACAACCUAGGCCUUUCACGGUUAGACAAUGGUUAGAGAGCUCUCUUGAUCCGCUUAAAAGUCGAGGCGUGGGAUCCACGUUUUUAAGUUGCAAAGAAAAGAGAGUGGCACAGCUGGACCAGUUUCGUACUCACCAGGCAGCGUCCUCGGAACAGGCGGACGGAUGCCCGCUUAGCACAGGGUGAGAUGGAGACGCAUUGCGGAGACCAGCCAAGGCAGAUUUGCCAGGUGCGCUCUGGGCUGUUCAACUUCCUUGCUGCGGUCUGACCUCUCCCUACCCACCGACUCCCAGUCUGGCGAUCCCAGCCUGGUUUGGGUUUACUUCUGGCCUCUCCCUUCUCCCUCGCAGUUCCCUCACUCUUGAUCCCGGACUUUCCCCCCACCCGACAGGCUUCACAGCCCUGCCAAGCUUUGGCCGCCCUCCCCCCAACACCACCUCUGGUACCCACGUUCUUCCCUCAGCAGCCCAAGUUCUUUCCUCCCUGGAGGAGGACUUCUGGAGCUGUUUGGAACCCAUUGACAAUGGUUACCAUGAUUAGAGGUACUGCGUUGCUAACAUGAGGCUGCACUACCACAAUAAAUAACAGAUGUAAAUAAAUUUAUUUUUU